ACAACUUCACUUUAUCUUCAGUCAGUGACAUUUUGUUGUGCGAGCUGCUGUGUUGACAUUUUAAUCAGACGGAAUUUUGUUGACAAAUAGUCUUGUGUUUGAUAAAUAUCUAGUGGUUUCAAAAUUUAAUGUUCUAAUUUGGUUGCUGUGGACAUAAACUGCAAUAUUUUAGUAACGUUGUGAACAAAACUGUGUGUGCUAGCGUACAAUUACACCUUUCCUUCCUUUCACAAAGGAUCACUAGACGGGGCCCUCAUUGUUGUCUCUGCGCAUUUCACAAUAACUGCUUCAGCAGUGCAUAACGUGGAGAGGCUCGGUGCAGUGUGUGAUGGGCGCGCGGUGAGCGCUAGCAGCCCCCGGGAUGACGGAGGGCGACAAGCAGGGCGCGGGCGGCACCAACGCCGCCCCGCAACACAGGAAAGGACACAGGAGGCAAGAGUCAAUGUACGCGAUGACGGGCCUGUACGCGGAGUCGGGCGGCGGGGAGGGCGAGGGCGCCGGGCCCAGCGCGCCCCCCGCGCCCUCGCACCCGCCCCCGCGCGACGCCAUCAAGUGCCACAGCCGGAACCCCUCCGCCGGCAUCCAGGACCGAGAUCGGGAUCGGGAUCGCGAGCGGGAGCGCGAAAAGCCACAUCAGAUGUAUCCAGAAAUAUUAGACAUUCCUCAUGACACGCGCGACUGCGGCAUCUUGUCGUGGAGGCCGAUGUUUAUUCAGAGUUUCUCUAGUAUUAAGGUGUUCGUAUUUUUCCUCUCGUUCCUGGUGACGCUGCAGCAGGCGCUCAGCUCGGGGUACAUCAACUCCGUCAUCACGACCAUCGAGAAGCGGUUCGAGAUCCCGUCGAGUCUGUCCGGCCUUAUCGCCAGUAGCUACGAAAUCGGGAACGUUAUCACCGUCAUUUUUGUCUCGUACCUCGGCAGUAGGCGACACAUUCCCGUCUGGAUCGCGUAUGGUGCAGUGAUAAUGGGCAUAGGCUCGCUAGUGUUCGUGGUGCCGCACUUCAUCGCCGAGGCGAACAGCGAGACCAUGAUGAACAACAAGUCGGACGACAACAUCUGCCGGCUGCCGCGCGCGCUGGAGGCCGACAUGGGGGGCCUGGGCCGCCUGUCGCAGGGCCUGCCGCCCGCCAACCUGCGCCCCGACAACUGCAUCAAGAGUACCCCGAGCACGUUUCUGCCGGUGAUGGUGUUCGUGAUCGCGCAGCUGCUGCUGGGCUGCGGCGGCUCCCCGCUGCUCACGCUCGGCACCACCUACGUCGACGACCACGUGCGCCCCGAGUCCUCCUCCAUGUAUAUCGGCUGCAUGUACAGCAUGGCGGCGUUCGGGCCGGUGCUGGGGUUCCUGCUGGGCGCCUACCUGCUGUCCUUCCACAUGGACUCCUUCUCCGGCACCAUCAUAUCUAUCGACCCGGGCGACCACCGCUGGGUGGGCAUGUGGUGGGGCGGGUUCCUGCUCUGCGGGCUGCUGCUCAUGCUCGUCGCCAUCCCCUUCUUCUCCUUCCCCAAGGUCCUAGUGCAUGAGAAGGAGAAGAUCAGACUCGUGGAGAAGGCCGCCGCCGCCGCCGGAUCCUCCAGCGCCAAGACCCAACCAAAACCAAACAUUAAGGACACCGGCUACGGAAAAGACAUUAAAGACAUCCCGGUGUCCAUGUGGCGUCUCAUCAAGAACCCGGUGUACGUGGUGACGUGCCUGGGCGCGUGCAUGGAGCUGAUGAUCGUGUCCGGCUUCGUGGUGUUCCUGCCCAAGUACCUGGAGACGCAGUUCAGCCUCGGCAAGAGUCAGGCCAGCGUGUUCACAGGUUCAAUAGCGAUCCCUGGCGCCUGUAUCGGCAUAUUCUUCGGCGGCUGCCUGCUGAAGCGGCUCGAGCUGCGGCCCAAGGGUGCCGUGCAGUUCGUGCUGAUCUCCAACACCGUCUGCCUGAGCUGCUACGCAUUGUUGUUCUUCCUGGGAUGUGAUAACAUCAAGAUGGCCGGCACUACUAUACCGUAUACUAAUAACAGCAACCUGGAGCCGUUCAAGGUGAACCUGACUGCCGCGUGCAACUUCAACUGCCUGUGCACGGAGACGGACAUGGAGCCGGUGUGCGGCAACAACGGGCUCACGUACUUCUCGCCGUGCCACGCCGGCUGCGCCGCCUUCUCCUCGCGCGAGAACUUUACUAAUUGCGCCUGCGUGCACGAGAACCCGCUCACCAUCCCCGGCGUCAGCCUCAACGGCGCGUCGGCCUCAGCCCUCACAGCCGGCGGCGGGCGCGAGUAUAGCGAGGUCACGGUGGUGCCGGUGGCGACGGCCGGCGCCUGCAACCCGCCCUGCACCACCAUCUUCCCCUUCCUCGUUCUGCUGUUCUUUAUGACGUUUGUCGUGGCGGUGACGCAGAUGCCGCUGCUCAUGAUUGUGCUUAGGUCGGUAAGCGAGGAAGAGCGCUCCUUCGCUCUCGGCAUGCAGUUCGUGAUCUUCCGUCUGUUCGGCUACAUCCCCGCGCCCAUCGUGUUCGGCAACCUCAUCGACAGCACCUGCAUCCUGUGGAAGCAGACGUGUAGUGGGGCCAAGGGGGGAAGAUGUCUGCUGUAUGAUAUCGAGCAGUUUAGAUACAGAUACGUGGGCCUCUGCUGCGGCAUCAAGAUCGUGGCGCUGGGCAUCUUCAUGGUGGACUGGUGGCUGGUGCGGCGCCGGCGGCAGCUGGACCACGCGCCGCCGCUGCAGGGCCGCGAGCUGGCCGGCUCCAUCAUCAGUCUGGAUAAGCUGUUCGAGGAGGCGCCGUCAGCGGAGAACCUGUCCGGCAUCCGGUCGGUGGUGACGUCGGGGCCCAGCUCGGCCGCCGCCACGCCGCUGGAGCCGCCCACGCUCGUGACGUCAGAGUCGUUCCGCGACCCGCGCGCCGGGUCGUCCCGCGUGCUCACCGCGUCCCGCCACCUGCGCAACGACUCCAAGACCAUCCAGCUGGAGCCGCGCGCGCGUCAGCACUCGCUCGACGAGCCCGAGCCCCGCCCCCCGCACUCGCGGUCCAACUCGCGCGACCUCAAGUACCACUCGCGCUCCGGCUCGCGCGACCUCAGCCUCGACCAGCUCAAGCAGCUCGCGCUCAAGAGCGUCGAGAACCUGGACCUGACCGUGCUGCCUCUUAGCAAGUGCGCGGACGAAGAGAGCAAGCGGCUGAUCGAGGCCGCGGGGAGUGCGGGCGCGGGGGGCGUGCUGCGGCACCGGCGCACGGGCUCGCGGGACCUGCCCGCGCCGCGCCACGCGCGCACCGCGUCGCAGCCCGCGCCCGCCGCGCCGCGCCCGCUGCACAAGCCGCACAGCGCCGACCACCUCGCCGCGCCCUCACCUCCGCUCUGAGCGACCAAACACAACCAAUAGUUCAAUUGUGACUGUGAAUAUAUCGAUAAGUAUAGUGUAACCGACAGUGAUGCUGAAUCAUAUCUCGACAAAAAUAGUUUUGGAUACAUUUCGUGUUAUGUUUGGCGCACGGACGUGUUUCGUUGCUGCGUCAGUAGUGUGUGGCCAUCGCCGGCCCCGGCGACUGCUUGAGAGACAAUGGACCGUGGUGGUCGGGGAUAGCGACGGUUUUAGUGUAUCGUAAUUUUAAUCACUUUACAGCUAAAGAAGGAAUGAAUGUCAAUUUUUAAUGUCAUUUAAAUACUCAAGUUGUUCAAAUGCUUAGUGCUGCAGACGUAGAAUCUUGCUUUUAGUUAGUCUAAUCUCCAGCUCGAUUAUUAAACGAUAGAAAUUACUAUAUUACUUAGACAUAGUAGUUAAUUUUAAAUUGAAAAAAAAAAACACAGUUGGAAAAUCUCAGUAAAUUUAAUUAGUCGUGCAACAUUGUGUCUUAUCAGUACUUAAAAUAUCUGAUUGUAACUUAGAUUUUAUUUUUUGUAGAAAUUUUAACAUUGAUGUCAAUUUUACACAUAUAUUUACACACAAAAAUAACAAGCCAUAUAUGCUCAAAAGUAAAAAAAACUAAACAAAUAGGUUCCACAGUUAUCUUUCAUUUAAUAAAAAAAAAUACUGGUCAUUAGUUAAAUUACUUUUGUAUUUAUUUGCGAGUUGCGCCACGAAAAUUACUUCUACAUUGAAACCUGCACCGUAAUUGUAUAAUAUUGUAUGUACAGAGUAUAAAACGGGGACCUAAAACUAUUCCUAGAUUCACCAAUUGCUUGUCAACUCGAGUCUGCACAACUUUCUUAUAACUUUUUGCUAAAAAUAAAAAUAUACAUAAUUAUA